UCCAGACUGCAGCAUGCUGUCUGUGGAUCAGGGACUGCAGCUGGGGCAAACCCAUGGGGGCACCCGCACACUCCCCUGGACCAGCACCUUUAUCUCUGGGAAGGAGGGCUGGUUCCUCUUCAUCUCCCUCUUCAUCCUUAUCUCCUUACCCCAAGGGACAGCCUGGCCCUACGAUUACAGGUAUUUAUACAAUCACUGCCCGGGCCCAGAGUGGAACGUUAUGUGCAGAGGCUGCUGCGAGUACGACGUGAUCCGCUGUAAAUGCCCCCUACAGGGGACUCCGGUUGGCUACGCGGUGCCCUGCUGCCGCAACGCCAUCAAUGAGUGUGACCCCUGCAUCAUCCAUCCAGGUUGCAGUAUAUUUGAGAACUGUAAGCGCUGUAACAAUGGGACAUGGGGCCCCAGGGAUGACUUCUUCAUUAGUGGCAAAUACUGCGCUGAGUGUCGGCCUGGCUGGUCCGGUGGAGACUGCAUGAAGUGUGGGGGAGUGAUUCGUAAACGGCAGGGCCACUUGGUGCUGGAGAGUUACCCCAACAAUGCUCGGUGUGAGUGGACCAUACAGGUGGACCGUCCCUUCACCAUAGAACUCAGGUUCAUGAUGCUGAGUCUGGAGUUUCACCACUCUUGUCGUUAUGACUACGUGGAAGUGCGAGAUGGCGACAGCAUCAACUCGCGUGUCAUCGGCCGAUUCUGCGGGAACAACAGGCCUGCCCCAGUUCAGAGCUCUGGCAACAGUCUGCACGUCCUCUUUGUGUCCGACGGUUACAAGAAUUUUGAUGGAUUCUUCGCCACUUUCCAGGAGAGCUCAGCUUGCAGCUCCUCUCCUUGCCUGCAUGACGGGACAUGCAUCCUGGACAGCUCUUACACUUACCACUGUGCCUGUCUGGCUGGCUACACGGGCAAGAGGUGUGAAAACGUGGUGGGAUGCCACAGGCCUCCAGUGCCCACCCAUGGAUCCACAGAGGGUUUGUUCCAUCACUCAGGGGCACGCAUCACUUUCCGCUGUGACCCUGGCUUUGAGCUGCGGGGGUAUCGUACUGCCAUCUGCCUGAGUGACGGCACAUGGAGUGCUUCUGCUCCAGAGUGUGUUGCGGUGGAAAGAGUAUGUACUUUACCUCCCAAGCCAACACAUGGGGACCACUUCUUGGUUUAUGGACCCAAUGACGUCCUCAUUGCUCUACAGUACCUGUGCUACCACCCCUAUGAACUCACUGGGAACUCCCAGAGGACCUGCCUCCCUAACAACACCUGGAGUGGGACUCCUCCUGCUUGCACCCAAGUGAAUAAUACUCUGACGGAAGCAGGAAAGGGCAAAGACAAGGCGAACGAGACAGAAACAGAUACAUACAGGGACAAAGAUAUCAGCAAAACUAAAGAGAAAGGUCAAGAGAACACAGCUGGAGAAAAGGAAAGUGUUGGCGGGAAAGAUGUAAGCCCUGGGCAUGAGAAUACAACAGCAGUCGAUAAAGAGGAUAAAUAUACUGGUACAGUUCCAGAGAAAACUGCGCCUGAGAAUAGGAAUGAAGGAGAGCCAGAGGAAAGAAAUACUGGGUCAGAGAAAUCCACCGGAGGCAGUAAAGACAAAGUGGAUGCUAAAGGCCCAGACAACAGCCUGAAUACAGUAGAAAAGCAGGAACCUGAGGUAGGAAAGCCACCUGAGACAAAAGAAGGCAGCCCAGACACAAACCUGGAGACAGGAAAGACAGAUAUCACAGAAAUAUUUGUGAUAAAAGACAAAGGACAAGAAGGGAAGGAAAGAAAAGAGGAGCAGGUGAAUGGAAAAAGAGAUCCGGAUAAAGUCGGCCCUAAUGAUACCAAGCUGAGGACGGUCAUAGCUGAGGGUGAAAACACAGUGGAGAUAUUCCAACUGGAAAAGACGAAGAACCACACAGUCGUAUACGAUGCAAAGGACACAAAGAAAGAAAAUAAUAGCAUAAGUUCUCCAGAGACGGACAGGAAAAUCAUUCCCACUAGAGUCAACAUUACACAGUACACCAUGUACAGAGCGGGGGGUGAGGAAAGUGGGAAACCGAAAGAAAAAACAACGGCUAAAGGGAAGACAGAGAAGGAUUCUGCUGAGAAAACAAAGGAGGAGUUGGAGAGGGAGGUGGAGGAGAAAGAGAAAGAGAAGGAGAAAGAAGCCAACCAAAGCUUCACCGAUAAAAUCUGCCCUCCUCUUCCUCGCCUCUACCACGGCUACCACCAGCCGGUGCCCGGGGUGGAGCCUGAAACAGUGGAGUUCUUCUGUAACCACUCGUAUGCUCUCAGUGGUGAUGCCCGACGUAGCUGCCAGCCAGAUGGUACCUGGAGUGGCAAACAGCCCCUCUGUGUCAGAGCAUGCCGGGAGCCCAAAGUGUCAGAGCUGGUUAAACAAAGAGUCCUGCCACCUCAGACACCAUCCAGAAAGACACCUGUGCACAAGCUCUACUCCUCUGGCCUGGGCCGACAGCUCCAGUCUGACGGCCCCACCAAAGGCCCUCCAGUGCUUUCCCGGCUGCCCCAGGGCUUCCACCACCUUUACACACACAUAGAGUACGAGUGCGCCUCUCAGUUCUACCAGCACUCAGGCAGUUCUCGCCGCACUUGCCUGAAGACUGGGAAAUGGAGCGGGCAUCAUGUGUCAUGUUCACCAGUGUGUGGGAAGCAUCCAACCUUUGACCCAGAGAGGCCGGCAGAGGCUCACUGGCCCUGGCUGGCAGCCAUCUACCGCCGCUCCACCAGCGGAGCUGAGACAAAGGUGUCCAAGGCGGACAGCCAGGCAGGAUCCCUGAAGAGGGACGAUGGAGCAGGACCUGGCAACCACAAUCAGGCUUCGAACUGGCAGCUGGUGUGCAGCGGGGCUCUGGUGAACCAAAGGAGUGUGGUUGUGGCAGCCCACUGUGUGACAGAGCUGGGGAAGGUGUAUCCCUUGGAUGCAGCCAAGAUCAAGGUAGUUGUGGGGAAGCACUACCGUGAUGACCACAGGGACAGUAAAGGCCUCCAACACCUGAGGGUGGCCUCCAUUGCUGUUCACGCAAACUAUGACCCCAAUAUUCUCGACUCUGACAUUGCCGUGGUCAAGUUACUGGACAAAGCAAGGAUCGGGGAGAAGGUCCUGCCCCUCUGUCUCUCAGACAACCAGGGAGAGGAGGUGAACUCUGGACAAGGGCUCGUGACAGGCUGGUCUCCACUGCCCGAUUCCAGUUUAGGUGCCAACGAGAAGGUGAGGGUUGGGCUCGUUCACCUUGCUGACAUAGUCCCAUGUGAGCAGCAGUACGCUCGCAACGGCGUGCCAGUCAGCGUCACAGACAAUAUGCUGUGUGCCAGCCAGAAGCCUGACUAUGGACCCUCGAACAUAUGUCCCUCUGACACCGGGGGAGUCCUCGUCCUCCCUGCCCUCUCUGAGAACCAAGCCAGCAGCAGCCAGAAUCCCUCUCUGAGCUUUAUGCAGGUGAAUAGGGAGAGCAAAGGCCUGUGGAGACUCCUGGGACUGGUGAGCUUUGGCUAUGACCAAGGGGAGUGUGAUCCUGACCUCUAUACAGUGUACACAGAUGUAGCCAACUUCAAAGACUGGAUAGAGAGCAACAUGAAAUAAAAAGUCUACUGUCACCUCACCUCGCCGCCCCAAUGCUUCUAAAGUAUUUAAAUCCAGUCUAUUCAUCCUCUCUAACCUUUUUUCUUGGUCUCAUGCACAAGGGCAUUUUCUUACUCAAUGCAGACGCACUGGAAACACUGGACAACGCAGUGCUCUAACUGAAGGGGGUGCUAACACAUUAGAUGUGCUCUCAUCAGAAGACUUCAGCGUUCAGGCCCCUCGACCUGACGUUACAGACUUGAAAAUGAGCAGAAAUCCAUUUCAAGCCUCUGGCUGAUGGCGGUUUGUAUUGUACUCAUUGGUAUGUAUAUAUGUUGUAAUGUACUGAACUACUCUAUCAAUUCAUAUGACGAACCAGAUGUACAUAUUGUAUUGAAAGACAGAAAAGUCAGGUUUUUAAUUAAAGAAAAUGUGGGUGU